AUGUGGGGAAACAAGCCCGGGCGCCCGGCCUCCUCCUCGUCCUCCGCGGACGCUCGGGGCAGGCAUUUUCCAGGCUCUCGGGCCCAAGACCCAGGAGGCAAGCAGAGGCGGCCGCUCCCCCCCCCGACUCCCCGCUCCCCCAGCCCGGCCAGCUCCGGGGCCCCUCCAGCUACGCCGGUCCCCGCCCCCGGCCCGCCCCGCCCCGGCCUCUGCGCACCGCCCCCCCCUCCCGCCUCACCACCCCCUCAGGCCGGGGCAAGGGCGCUCGGAGCUGCAGGCCGCGCGGUGGGCAUUCCCGCGCCUACCUCAGUAACCGUGGCUUCUCCUCACCUAGCAGGCCACACACACCACCAAGAUUCCCCGCGGCGCGAAGUCCGGGUUGCGAACGCCCCGCGUGAGGAGCGGAGGUCCGAGCGCGCCCCGCCUGCCGCCUUCUCGACCCCACCCUCCGCGAAGGGCUGUGCGCCCCGUCCCGGCCUCGAGCAAGGCCCCGCCCCUCCCGCCGCUCCGCCCCUCCCGCCGGCCUCGUCUGGAAGGGGUCCGCCAGGGGUGCAGCGAGAGCCGCGCCGGGUCGCAGCCCUUGUGCUCUCCCCUAGUGCGGGCCGCAGGCAAGCAAUACCUAAAGGUUCCUGCUGUUUGGAGGAGAGUUACUGUUAG